GUUUCAAUCACCGCCAGUGAAGGAAUCUUUUGGACAAAUAAUGGCGUCGACGUCAAAGAAGAUAAUGUUGAGGAGCUCCGACGGCGAGACCUUCGAGGUGGAGGAAGCGGUGGCGGUUGAGUCGCAGACGAUCAAACACAUGAUCGAAGACGACUGCGCCGACAACGCGAUACCUCUCCCGAACGUUACCAGCAAGAUCUUGUCUAAGGUCAUUGAGUACUGCAGGAAGCACGUCGAAGCCGCCACCAAGGAAAACAACUCCGAGGAUGAAAUCAGGGCAUGGGAUGCCGAUUUUGUCAAAGUUGACCAAAAUACCCUCUUUGACCUCAUCUUGGCUGCGAACUAUCUGAAUAUCAAGAGCUUGUUGGACUUGACCUGCCAAACUGUGGCUGACAUGAUAAAGGGGAAGACGCCGGAGGAGAUUCGCAAGACCUUCAACAUCAAGAACGAUUUCACCCCCGAGGAGGAGGAGGAGGUUAGGAGGGAGAACCAGUGGGCGUUUGAAUGAUAGGAAGUUCUUAAAUUAGAUGUUGAUAUUACGAUAGUUCCUGAUGCUUUUUUGUGGUUUACCAGUAGGUUUUUCAGUUUGAGGAACAUUGACUGUCUUAGGGUUAUUUUGUUAUUAAGCGUUAUUGUCUUCUACUUUUAGAGGGUUUGAUAUGAACCUCUCCACAAUCUAUCAUCGUAAUAUAAUUUGAAUUUCAUAA